CUUCAUGCUUUUACAGUUGUUUGUUGCUUCACUUACACACACACAGAGAUGGAAACAAAUCGAGUUGCCAGAUUGGAGUUUGCUGUGCAGAUGAGCUGUGAGAGCUGCAUACGGGCUGUUAAAGAUGCACUUGAAAAACAGCCUGGUGUGCAGUCGGUGCAGGUGGACUUGGCUCGGGAGGAGGUUUUGGUUGAGACGUCGCUUUCCACUCGAGAGGUUCAGGGUCUGAUUGAGAGCACGGGCAGGAGAGCUGUACUGAAGGGGAUUGGGGGAUCAGAACCAGAUCUGGGCGCGGCCGUGGCUAUGCUGAGUGGGGUGGGGCCAGUGCAGGGCGUGGUCCGGUUCCUGCAGCUAUCCGAGGAUCGUUGUUUGAUUGACGGUACGAUUGACGGUUUAGAGCCCGGAGCUCACGGCCUUCAUGUGCAUGAACUUGGAGACCUCACACGUGACUGCAUGAGUUGCGGUGAGCACUACAACCCUUUUGGGAAGCAGCACGGAGGCCCACAGGACACAGAGAGGCAUGUUGGUGAUUUGGGAAACGUGCAGGUGGGAGCAGACGGCAGAGCCACGUUCAGACUGGAGGACUCACAGCUGAAGGUGUGGGAUGUGAUUGGUCGAUCACUGGUGGUGGAUUCAGGAGAAGAUGAUCUGGGAAGAGGAAAUCACCCUCUGUCCAGACAAACAGGAAACUCGGGCAAGAGGCUGGCGUGUGGAAUCAUUGCACGUUCUGCAGGACUCUUUCAGAACCCCAAGCAGAUCUGCGCCUGUGACGGAGUCACUCUGUGGGAGGAGAGAGAUCAUCCAAUAGCAGGGAAAGGACGCAAAAAAGUCACCGAGACACCAGCUGCCAGUUUAUGAUCACGUGACCACUCACUGUACUAAUGAUGAAGGAUUGACAGAUUGCACUUAAAGGAGAAGAGACUCUGAUAAAACCAAAGAGAUUGUUGAUACUUAUAGAGGAUUUAAUGUUUUAGAGAUUAGUUUACAAAUACCUUUGAUAAGAAUUCAUAAAGAAAGCCUUCUGAUAAAUGUUAUUGCUGGAAUUCAGUAACUGCCCUUCCAUUAUAACUGAGCUUUAAAGAAUCUGUCCCUUCCCCAGUUUAGGGAAUGGUGUCAAAAUGUUUGUUUGUGGUAAUUACACAUACAGUACAUUUGCAGUUUAUUAAUUGAUGAGUGACACAACAGAAAAAUGUUUCCCCUUUUGUCACAAGUUUGAAUACCAGCAACAGCACCGCCAUCCAUGACCAGGAGCCAAGAAAGCUAAAUUAGCUGUGCUCUCUGGGUGGGAGGGCAAACUCUCUCCCCCGUCAAUCACAGUGACACGAGCCAAUCACAUGUCUGUAAGCUCCUGUAUGUGGAAGAGGGUAGAUAGCACUUUCCUCUGAUUAUAGGAGCAGUUUCAUGGGAGUAAAAAAUAGACAAAAAACAAGGAAUUUUAAAAGCCAUUGAAUUUUUAAUUUUGAAAUUUAAAGACCAUUACAUUCAUAAUAUUGAAAUAAAUACAGCUGAAAGCAAAA